AUGAGAGCUGUAGCUGCUGACCAUCGGUAUCGCCAGUCAUGGCGGCAAUCUAUGUCAGUAGCAUAUCAACAGGCGCAGCCAGCAUUCGUUACGCCUCACUCCGGCCAAAAGCUGCCGCAUUAUUUGAAAUUGCAGUAUGCGGGCGCAGCACAGCGACGAAGCAACGAUACGCCUUCGCAUGUGCUGAGUCCCAUGCAUAGCACCCUUUGUGCGAGCCAUGUGGAUAUGGAUACAGUGGCAUUGCAUAAACAACAGGAGCUGCAAUUAAUACCAGUAGCAAAAUCUCAUUCACCGGCGUACAGUAUACGACGCAUACGUCGACCACGUCAAUGGGUGCCAGCGCAAAAGCGGCUUUCGCGUCAAGGGGAGCAGACGCACAGCGUGAAGUUGGGUAUUCUGAGUAAAGGACGCGCUUUCAUUUUUGAAUUUCUACAGGGAUCCUCCAUACAUGGAUUCAUCUAUUUGGCGAAAAUCGGGCUCAGCAUUGUAGAGAGAAUGCUUUGGCUGGCCUUCAUCUGCGUUGCUCUCUUCGCCAUCAUUUCGUUGAGUAAACGUACUUGGGAACGUUUUCAAACCUCACCCAUGGUCAUAUCGAUGGAUCGUAAUAAGUUGGUGUGGAAUACGAGCUUUCCCUCGCUCACUGUAUGUCCUCAUAAGCGCAUCGAUGAGUUGAAAGUGGAGGAAUAUAUGGACUCACACCCAAACAUUUUCGAAUCUGAUCAGGAUCGUACUGAUUUUCAUGUAUUUAUUGAGAAGUUGGCUCGCCUCACCUAUGAAAAUAUCGAAACUCUGCCGCGUAAUAAAACUUUUGGCAUAUCGAGCAGCAACUAUCUGAAUUUGCUGUAUGAACUCAAAUGGAAUUUCGAACCGGAAAUGAGUAGUGGCGCCGCCGUACAAAUGUUCAUUUAUGAAACACUCACCGAGUUUGGCAUUUGCCAUUCGGUUAACUCGCUCGUGGCGCGCUAUAAUUCUUAUGACUACUGGAAACGCAACGAUUGGAGCCUGUUAGAUCACGGCGAUCGUGUCACCGUGCACCCGCUUGAUGGCGAAAUCUAUGCUCAGAUUAUAAACCUCUCCACCGCAUAUGAUGUCUACUUUCAUGGCGCCGGCGACAUACCGAAUAUAUCGAAACAGCGUUACACGUUUCCAGAAACUGACUACACAACAGUGGAACUAAUUGCGUUGGAGAUCUAUACAGCGGAGGAGGCGCGCGCCUUCACCACCAAACAGCGCAAAUGUCGCUACCAAUACGAGGCUGAGGAAAUGCAGACGGUGCCCAUCUACAGUUUCAGCCUCUGCCUGGCCGAGUGUCGCAUGUUUUUCGCGCUGCGGGUGUGUGGCUGCGUGCCGCAUUUCUAUCGCAAUCAGUUGAGAAAUGGACGAGUUUUGCGAAUUUGUGAUUUCGAUGGUUUGGCUUGUUUGGAGGACAUAAAAAGAGAAAUCAUCUCGCUCAAGUCCAGCCGGUAUAAAAUCGAUUGUCAUUGCUUGUCAAAUUGCGAUGACUCCAAUUUCUUUGUGCAAUCCUAUCGUUCCAGGAUUUGGUUUUUAGGCGCGAAUCUUCAGUGGGGUAUUAUAGACUAUCCGAAAAUGCAGCUAAGGCGCGAUGUGCUCUUCUCGUUUGCGGAUGUGUUGGUUUAUAUUGGCGGCCUCAUUGGCUUCUUUCUGGGUUGCAGCGCUUUAAGCUUCACAGAGGUCAUCUACUACUUCAGCGCACGUCUAAUCAAGAGAUUGUUUUGGAAUUAG